UGCGUGACGUGGCUUGUUGGCUUGGCCUUCCCUCCUCUCUUUUUCUCUUCCUGCUUUCCCUUUCUCUCUCUAGAACUUCACUGUGCCGAAACACAUCUGUGGAGAGAGAGAACUGAAUGCUAUCAUUUUGCAAGCAUAAACUAGCUGUCCAAAUCUCAAUUUCGCCUCCAAAACUCCGAAUUAACAUUUCUCCAGUCGGUAGUUUAUUUUGCUACAGUUUGGGGCUGGAUGGGAUGAUUAAAAGGACGGUUAAGCCCCUGGAUUUUCUUCCCCUUCGGAAUUUGGUGCCUAUUGAAUCUUGUUAUAUUGCCCGGCCAUUAUUGGGCGGAGUAUCAAGAGUCACUCCUGAACACAUCAUGGGAAACAGUGAAGAAGGGAAGGGUACCAAGCUGGAAAAAUCAACUCCACCUGCAGUGGAUCAGAAUAACAUGCAUAUGUAUCCUGACUGGGCAGCAAUGCAGGCUUACUAUGGUCCCCGAUUUGCUGUUCCACCAUAUAUGAACUCGGCUGUAGCUUCUCCGCAUGCACCACCCCCCUAUAUGUGGGGCCCACCACAGUCGUUGAUCCCUCCUUAUGGAGCACCAUAUGCUGCUUUCUAUACUCAUGGAGGAGUUUACCCACAUCCCGGAGUUCCUAUAGCUGGUACUGCUAUGAGCGUGGAAACGCCAGCCAAGUCAUCAGGGAAUACAGAUGGAGUCGUCGUGAAGAAAUUGAAAGAAUUUGAUGGGCUUGCUAUAUCAAUAUGCAAUGGAAAUGGUGAUGGUACUGAAAAUGGAACUGAGCAAAGACAGUCAACAGACAGCGAUGAGACUGGUGGUUCCAGUGAUGGAAGUAAUGGAGUCGCACCCGGCCGGGCUAAUCAGAAUGGAAAGAAGAGAAAUGGACAAGGAUCUCCGAAGAAAGAAGAUGGGAAGGCUCCUGAAAGCAGUUUAGCUCCUCUUGUCGAUGUUAGCCAAGCUUCUGGGAAGAUGAUGGAUGUGAUUCCUCCUGCUAAUAAGCCAGUGAAAGCUAUGAACAUCGCAUUGGAAGUCAAGGAACCUUCCCUAAGUGCAAUUUCUAGCCCAGCUAGUGUUCCACUCCACUCGAUUCCAAAUGAAAACUGGAUGCAGAAUGAAAGAGAGUUGAAAAGAGAGAGGAGGAAACAGUCCAACCGGGAAUCAGCAAGACGAUCAAGACUGAGGAAACAGGCUGAGACUGAAGAACUAGCUGUCAAAGUUCAAGCACUAACUUCUGAGAACAUGACCCUCAAAUCCAGGAUACAUAAACUAAUGGAAAGCUCUGGGAAACUAAAGCUUGAAAAUGCUGCACUAAUAGAGAAACUAAAAGAAACUCAAUUAGGCCUGAGAGAGGAGGCAAAUCCUCACAAUAUUGAUGAUCUGAGGCUGAAACCAGUGAGCACUGUGAACCUACUUGCCAGAGUUAACAACUCGGAUUCAUCUGACAAUAGAAAUGAGGACAGUAGCGAUUCAUACGACAACAGUAGCCGCCAUGGAGCUAAACUCCGUCAGCUUCUUGACAGUAGUCCCAGGACUGAUGCUGUUGUUGCCGGUUGACGCUCCAUCCCUCCUUGACUUAAGCCGAUCCGGUAACUUUUCGCAUAAUUCGUCGAAAACUACCUCUAACAACAGUAAUAGAGUGUGGUAAGUAAUCGUAAACGAGCUCCGCAAGUGUAGUUUCAUUGCAACUGAUUAUCUCAGCAAAGCCUGGAAUGUGUUUUAAAUGUUCAGAUUGCUGAGAAGCUACAUAAUAUUAGUCGAUGGUGACGGCGCUGAGCGUCUUCGUACUUCUAGAAGGAAAAAGAAGUGCAUUUCUCUAGGGUGUGAGAGUUUUCAAACUAUAGAUGAGAUUCUGAUAGUUGAUAGGGAAUAAUGUGUUUGAUUUUUAGAGAUGAUUGCGAUAAUUUGAGGCCCUUCGACUGAGUGAAGGAGAUAAUGUAUAAAGUUGUUACCAAGAAAUACAUGUAUUUUAAUUUAACUAA